AUGGCUUCUACGGAGGGUUUGGUGCCCAUUACUAGGGCCUUUCUGGCUUCUUACUACGACCAACACCCCUUUACUCCUCCUCUUUCUCCAGAUGUCUCCCGUCUUUCUUCUCACCUUCGUUCUAUGGCCACUGAUUUACUCACUCAACAUCCUCCUAUCCAUGGAGAAAGCAUAUUAAUAAAUGAAGCUGAGAGCCACCCUCCGCAUAAGAUUGAUCAAAAUAUGUGGAAGAAUCGAGAGUAUAUUGAAGAAACUAUUUUUUUACUUCAACCUUCUAAUUUCCCUGACCCGUUCAAACAACAGUCCAAUCCUGACUAUGAUCAAUUUUCCAUUGUGCUUGCCAAGCUGAAAGAUAAACUUCAUAAUACUUUGACGACUUUGGAAUCUUUCCAAAUCAAAAAUGCUGACCAUGUAUUUAACACAGUUAUGACAUAUCUGCCUCAAGAUUUUCGAGGAACUCUCCUCAGACAACAACGUGAACGCUCAGAAAGGAAUAAACAAGCAGAGGUAGAUGCUUUGGUGAAUUCUGGUGGUAGCAUACGUGAUCGAUAUGCUCUUCUGUGGAAACAACAAAUGGACAGGAGAAGGCAGUUGGCUCAGCUUGGCUCUGCAACAGGAGUCUAUAAAACCCUCGUGAAGUACCUAGUUGGAGUUCCUGAGGUAUUGCUUGAUUUUACAAGGCAGAUUAAUGAUGAUGACGGGCCCAUGGAGGAGCAACGUCAUCGCUAUGGACCACCUUUAUACAGCCUCACCUCAAUGAUUCUUUAUGUCCGAUUCUUCCUUUCAUUAUCGUGGGCACGAUAUGGGCUUAAAAAAUUGUGA